UCCUUUUUCUUGAGUUCCAUAAGAUUUGAUUAGUUUCAAUUCUCUUGGCAUCUUUCUUUAAAUUUUAUUGGUAAAGUCUUGAAACUUUGAUCUUUUUUCCAUAAAGGUUGAAUUUUUGGCACCAAAGACUAAAACUUUUAGUUAGUUUUGAAAGUUUCUUCAUCUCAUGGAAAUUGAUUAAUAACUGCUUGCAGCUGGAUUUGUACCUACUAAUUUACUAAAGAUAUAUUUAUUGGAAAGAUACCUAAAAAAAGAUUGCUGCUGUUGAUUUUUCUCUCUACUGUUAUACUGAGACAUCUAAAGAUCUUCCCUUUCUGAGUUCAACUGGACAGUAGCUGCGAGAACAUUUCCCAUAUACGAGAUUCAGCUACAAGGAUCCCGCAAUUGAGUAGCAGUUUUUGUAAGGGCAAAAUUCAAGCAACUUUAUUUUGAGAAUAAGAAUAAGAAGUGAACCAUGUCUUUAGUUAGAUCUGUUAGAACUAUUGGAAAUGGGAAACUCUACUUUCCAAAUGAUCACAAGGACAACUCUGGCUUGUCAACAUCCAUGUUCACCAAAAAUGCACAUGGAAUUAUGUAUGCAACCGAGUCUAGCAGCACAGACAGUUAUGAUCCCAAGUAUUUGCUCGACUCUCCUUCACCUUCAGAAGAACUUCUAAACACAUCACCUUCAGAAGAACUUCUAAACACAUCACCUUCAGAAGUCUCCGGGAAUCCAUUUCACCAGAGGCAUUCGUCUUCUUUCCACCCAUCAAGAGACUAUGAUGCGUGCCAGCUUAGUUAUGAUUGUGAAGACAUUGUCAGUCAAAGGCCAGAUUCAUUACAAUACAAUGACGGAAGGGUGACACUGAAGCUACAAGAACUUGAGAGGGUACUUUUUGACGAUAACGAAGUUGAUGGGGAUGACGUAUUUGCUCGUGGGCAGUGUAUGGACAUAGAUGAUGAAUGGUUUAGCCAAAUCGGAACUGUGUUGCUUCAUGACUCUCCUAAGGAGUCUACGUCCGCAGAUUCUAAUAUCAGUAGCAGCAGUAGCUACAAGGAAAUAUCUGUAACUGCUCCACAAACUCCAAAGCAGAUGCUUUUUAGUUGUGCUGCUGCUAUUCAAGAUGGAAACAUUGAACAAGCAUCGUCGAUGAUUAAUGAGCUGAGGCAAAUGGUCUCUAUCCAGGGUGAACCUCUUGAAAGAACUGCAGCUUACAUGGUUGAGGCUCUUGCAGCCCGAAUGGCCACAUCUGGCAAAGGUCUUUAUAAAGCUCUAAAAUGUAAAGAAGCGCUCUUUUCUGAGAGGCUCUCUGCUAUGCAGGUCCUCUUUGAAGUAUGUCCGUAUUUCAGGUUUGGUUUUAUGGCGGCAAAUGGUGCAAUCUUAGAGGCUUUUAAAGAUGAGAAAAGAGUUCACAUCAUAGAUUUUGACAUUAACCAGGGAAGUCAAUAUUACACUUUAUUGCAGACGUUGGCAAGUAUGCCUGGUAAGCCGCCCCAUUUGAGGUUAACCGGGGUAGACGACCCUGAAUCUGUUCAACGUGCUAUUGGAGGCCUUAAUGUCAUUGGACUGAGGCUUGAAGAGCUGGCUAAAGAUUUUAAGAUACCUUUCGAAUUCCAAGCGGUGGCUUCAAACACUGCAUUAGUCACCCCGGCAAUGUUAAACUGUCAUCCUGGCGAAGCUCUUAUCGUGAACUUUGCAUUCCAGCUUCAUCACAUGCCUGAUGAAAGUGUAUCAACGGUCAACCAGAGAGACCAGCUUCUGCGGAUGGUGAAGAGCUUAAAUCCGAAGCUGGUAACAGUUGUUGAACAAGACAUGAACACUAACACCACCCCAUUUCUACAAAGGGUUGCAGAAGUCUACAACUACUAUUCUGCUGUAUUCGAGUCUCUCGAUGCAACUCUUUCAAGAGAUAGCCAAGAGAGGGUUAAUGUAGAACGGCAAUGUCUUGCGCGUGAUAUUAUAAACAUUGUUGCCUGUGAGGGAGAGGAGAGAAUAGAGCGUUAUGAAGUUGCAGGAAAAUGGAGAGCUAGGAUGAUGAUGGCUGGUUUCACUCCAUCCCCAAUUAGUCCAAACGUCUACGACUCGAUCAAGAAUCUUAUCAAGCAAUAUAGUGAAAGGUACAAAGCAAAGGAGGAAGCAGGUGCACUCCAUUUUGGGUGGGAAGACAAGAGCUUGAUUGUUGCUUCAGCUUGGAAAUAGUUACAAAGUAUGCUUUUCUCAUAUAAACUUGUAAUGACAUCUGACUUUGUGAUAAUAUUCAGUGUUUAUGAUCAGAAUGCAUGACAUUAUAUACUUUGAGGCUAUUGAUGAUGAAAAUUAACAAUA